ACACCUUCCCACAACACACCCAUAUGCAAAAUAAAAUUAGAAAUACUGCCCGACUCUCAAGGUAUUUAGGGAAUGGAAACCUUCAAUCAAUAUAGCUAAAACUAAGUACUUCAGUCUCCCUCCCUCCCAAGCCAGUGUGAGAGGCAGGCAGAGCUCGUGAAAGGGUCCAAACAGCUAUGAUCUUGAUACAAAACAGUUCUAAAGGGGAAAAGGUCAUAUGUGCUUCCCUGUGUUUGCGCUGUGGCCGCUGGAACUCAGGGCUACCAGAUUCUCAGAGGCUAAUGCCUGGCAAGUUGUUCUUUUACUGAGAUGUAAGUUGCUUAUAAGAACAUGAAAAGGAUUCCUGGCCCCUUUUUCAUUUUAAUGUAUACUAAUAAAAUAAAGAGAGAACAGUAUAUGAUGAUACAAAAAUACAGGCUGAGCUGAUAAGCAUAUGGUCCUCAUUUUAAGGGAUUGCUCUUGUUUUAACAACCAGUUGAGAAAGCAAGAAACAUUUAUUAUGUUUGCCUUCACUUGGAGGAAUGGAAUAGAGCAGGUGGGUGAGCUAUGACAGCCCAGGAAACUGAGGUGGCAGUGGCAGCAAUAUUCCUGCAGCCUUUCUAAUGCUCUCUCUACUUACUCCCGUACCCCCAUUUGAUACACACUGGCCAAGUCAAGUGUCCCACCCUCUUGGCGUCUCUCAGUACCUACCUCAGCAUAGUGGAGUCUGUAAGAGAAAGGAAAUAGGAACAGAGAGUUGGGGGCAGGGCUCCAGGCAGAAGCUCCUGGUUCAAGCUCUGUAUAUGGAUAGACCCUUCUGCUGUCUAUCCCCUGGGUCUCAGGGGGAUGCUGGGUUGUGCAGACGCUGAGAGCAGGUGCAUUAGUUAAAUCAGGCUCUGUCACUGACCUGCUGUAUGACCUUGGGCAUGUGACUUAGCUUCUCUGUGCCUCUACCUCCUCAUCCAUACAACGGGGACCAUGGAACUUCUGCUGUGAGGAUUAAGGAAGCUCUUUUAUGCUAAAGGCCUAGCACAAUGACCAGUACUAGUUAGGGCCCAAUAAAUAGUGUCAAUAAUUAUGAACGAAUACUCAAAUAGUGCUUACCAAGGGCAGGCCUUAUUUAAGGACUUUAUAUAUAUUGUCAUAUAACCCUUACAUCUCUGUUCUACAGAGAUGAAACUGGAAUCUGAAUAUCACAUAGUACUGAAUGGUGGAUAUUCAGACCUAGGCACACAGGCUCCAGAGUUGGGGCUCUCAACCCCCUCUGUGCACAAUGAUGCUGAUCUUAAUGGGUGUUGCCCCUGGCAAGCUGAGCUCUCAAACCCCCAGGCUUCCCUCUGUCUGAGAUAGAGCAGGGAAAGCGUCAGCCACAGAGGGGAUCGAAGGAGCAGAUGAUGGCUAGAGCAUUCACAUCAGGGCUGAAUCCAGAUACCCCAGUUAGAACCGUGGUUGAAGUCACAGGUCGCCCCAGCCCUCUUCAGAGGAACAAGGGGGUGGGUGCCAAGUCCACGAUGCUAAGACGGGUGGCCGGAGCGCCGCCCCCAUAAGGGGAGGGAGGGGUAGCGGGGCUGAGGGGUGCCCAGCUGCCAUCCCCGCCGCCUCCUGGUCCCCACCCGCUGGCGCCGAAGUGGGAGGACCGCAGCUGCCCGCUCCCUCCUCCCCACAUCCUCGCUACCUGCCCAGUUCUCGAAGCGAAGCGUGAGGCGGCUGCGAGCCAGCGGGGCCGAGCCCACAACUUUGCAGCCUCGGGCUGGACGAGACCCGGCGUCCAGGGCUCCUCUUGUCGGCGACCAGAGCUCGGAAUGUGAUCAAGGAUGCUGGCCCUGAGGCUGCUCAACGUGGUGGCCCCCGCCUACUUUCUGUGCAUCUCACUGGUGACCUUCGUGCUGCAGAUCUUCCUUUUCCUGCCCAGCAUGCGCGAGGACCCCGAGGCUACCCCGCUGUUCUCCCCCGUGCUGCUCCAUGGCGCACUUUUCCUGUUCCUCUCAACCAACGCCCUGGGCAAUUAUGUCCUGGUCAUCCAGAACUCCCCAGACGACCUGAACACCUGCCAGGGGACCCCGGCCAGGAGGGCUUCCUGUCCCCCGCCUAGCACCCACUUCUGCCGAGUGUGCGCCAGAGUCGCCCUGAGGCACGACCAUCACUGUUUCUUCACGGGCAACUGCAUCGGCAGCAGGAACAUGCGCAACUUCGUCCUGUUCUGUCUCUACACCUCCCUUGCCUGUCUCUACUCCAUGGUGGCUGGUGUGGCCUACAUCUCUGCAGUCCUCUCCAUCUCCUUCGCCCACCCCCUGGCCUUCCUCACGCUCCUGCCCACCUCCAUCAGCCAGUUCUUCGCCGGAGCUGUCCUCGGUUCUGAAAUGUUCGUCAUCCUCAUGCUCUACCUCUGGUUUGCCAUCGGCCUGGCCUGUGCAGGCUUCUGCUGCCAUCAGUUGCUGUUGAUCCUCCGGGGGCAGACGCGCCACCAGCUGCGCAAGGGGGUAGCAGUGAGGGCUCGGCCCUGGCGCAAGAAUUUACAGGAGGUCUUCGGGAAGAGGUGGCUGCUGGGCCUGCUGGUGCCCAUGUUCAAUGUUGGAGGUGAGAGCUCCAAGCAGUGGGACAAGUAGCAGACACUCCUGUCAUUUUUCUGUGUGUGUGUCUUGACUCCUUGUGAACAUAAGACCAUGGCCUCUUGUUUCCAUCACUGACCCACUAUAACCUCUGGCUGGUAAGGUCCUAGUGUGUACCCUUGAUUUCUGACAUAUAGAGAACAGCUUUGGCUGAUGGAUCAUGACAAGAAGAAAAAAUGGCCACCCAGGCAUUCCUAGGCUCCAUAGUAGCCAGCCAACUGUUAGGAGGUCUCUGCUUUUGCUUCUUCCACUUGGGGUCCCUUCUUUCCCCUUUUCCUUGGCUCAUCCACUCUUGAUCAUGUCCCAUCUGGUCCCUACUAUCUGUUAGAGUGCCUCCUCUCAGCCCCAUGUUAGGAGUGGGGGAGUGGAUUCCUGCAGCCGAAUGAUGCUCUCCAGGACCUGGAGGCUGGCAAAAGUGCUUAAAUUACCAAGUGUGAGAAGCAGCCAAGUCAGCUUCACCAACUGCUGGGGAAUAGAGGGGUGUGGGCCCUCAUCCCCUCUGGAACUGUGGGCAGUUGAAGGGGAAAAGAACUCAGUAGAUCAACACCUUUCCCACAAGUCGGAAAGCCCUUUCUCUGGGAGACAGCAACUAAUGGCCAGGGAUUUCCAGUUGCUGUCCCCUGUCCACUCCAUCCCAGCCAGCCACCCCAGCCCAGUGCAGGACCUGACUGGAUACUUCAUUUCCUAGCGCUGUUCUAGCCUUUUCCCUGGGUCUCCAGCUUCCAGGUCUUUGCUAGAUGCUGGGAAGGCAAGGAAGAAGGAAGAAGGAAAGGGGGAAUACUGAUCAAUGAGAGAGGCAUGUGAGUGCACAGCCUUAUGGAAGGGGACACGUGUGUGUGUGUG